AUGUUGAAUGACCAAUCUUGGUUCAAUAAAAUUAUUUUGAUUGGGCAGCGUAUAAUUCAUCAGCUGGAUGAAACAGUCAUUAAAAGAAUUGCAGCUGGAGAAGUUAUUCAUGGCCCAAUAAAUGUCUUCAAGGAGCUACUAGAAAAUGCACUAGACUCUGGUGCUGAUAGAAUUUCAAUAAUUUUUAAAGGAGGCGGUACCACCCUCAUUGAGGUAUCAGAUAAUGGAUGUGGUAUCAGUGAUGAAGAUAUGGAACUUGUUUGCAAGCGUCAUACUACUUCAAAAAUAACUUCAUAUAAAGAUAUUGCCGAAUUGCAAACAUUCGGAUUCAGAGGAGAAGCACUUUUCUCAAUAUCAUGCAUCAGUAAUCUUUCUAUCAAGACAAAUCAAAAAGACACAACUCUCGGAACUUUAGGAAAUUAUUACAACGGAGACCUUAUAGGAGAACUACAAAGUUGUACUUGCACAAAAGGGACAACCAUAACUGCACAAAAUAUUUUCCUCGGAAAUCAACAGAGAUUAAAUUCUCUUCCAAAUUUUCGACUCAGAAACAGAAAAGUCAUAUUCUUGAUGCUUAAAUACUGUGUUGCGAUGCCAAACGUUGCAUUUUCACUGUUUGUUGAUGACAAAGAUAAAAUCAGAUCUUCUGGAAUGGCAACACACGAAGAUGUCCUCAGAUCAUUGUUUUCUUAUCAAGAUACAACAAGAUUAGAUUUCGAAAUUACCAAAACUGCAUCAGCAGCUAUAUUUCUUGGCUCUCCAAAGAAGAAAAUGAUGAAAAUCAAUGGAGUUUUCGUAAAUGGAAGGCUUGUACACAACGAUACUAUUAAGCGUGGAAUAACUAAGCUAUAUGAUCAAUAUACAAAGCCAGGAGUUAUUCCUUUCUUCAUUGUUUUGUUGAAAAUUUCAUCUCAAAACUUAGAUGUCAAUGUUCAUCCAGCAAAAAAGACUGUGCUUAUUGCAAGAGAGAAAUUUAUUGCAAAUGUCAUACUAUCUAAGGUAGAACAGCAUCUAAAAGUACUUUAUUCAAAGAGAGAAGAAAAAACUAAAAUUGUGAACUUUACAAAUUCGGAGGAAGUUCACGACGAAAUUCCUCCUUUGAGAAAAAAUUCUUAUGUGAAAACUAAAUUGGAAAUUGAGUCAGAAGAGAAACAGAAAGAUGUCGAAGCCCAUUUUCUUGAUGAAUUUGAUGAAAACGAUGCAACAAAAGAGAUGUUGGUCGAAAGAAGAAAAAGAUUGUUCAAAGAAAUCAAAUUCAAGCCAAAGAAAAUAGAGAAGAAACAUGAUUUCUUGACACUUGAGAGAUUCCUUAUGAUAUCAAAAGAUAAAGCAACUAAACCGAAAAAAGAAUUAACAAAUGAUGAAAGUCAUGAUAAGAAAUUCAUCGAAGCUUUAAAAGGUGACAUAAAAUUAGUUGAAUGCAAACAACUUUCAAAUUUUAUUGUUGCAAUGAAACUUGUUGGUUUUAUUGGCCUCAAGUAUAUUCUUGUGGAUGUCUCUGAGGCUCUUUAUAUCAUUGAUCUCCACCAGAUAACGAAAGAAUUCUUCAGACAAAUUUCUUUGGAAUUCGUUGGAAAUUUUGGAGUUUUUGUUUUUGACAGAAAAAUUGACAUCAAAACUAUAUAUGAAGAAAUGAAAAACUACAAUGAUAGCAUUAUAGAUAUUGACUAUAAAAUAAUAGAGAAGUACAGGAACUAUCUUUUAGUUAACUUCAAAAUCGAAAUUGAUGAAGAAUUUUCAUUGAUUUCUCUUCCAAUUGUUGUUCCUGGAUAUUUACCACUUCUUUCUCAUAUUCCGACUUUUCUUGUUGGUUUAUAUAACUCUAUGACAUUGAAAGAUAUUGACUCUAUCUUUGUCGGCAUUAUUGAUUGUUUAAGUGAUUUGUUUGCAAUUAAUGAAUCAGAUGUUUCUGAUUCUCAAUAUAUAAAAAGACAAAUUGAAGAAAAUAUAAUUCCUGAGAUGAGAAGAGCUGCGUUUAGACCACCAAAGAAACUUUAUGAUGAUGGCUACAUAAAGCAGAUCACUAAUACUAGACAUAUCGAGCGUUUGUUUGCUCAUUUUUAA